AUGUACGGGCUUUUUAGCGGACUCUUCGGAGUUGGCACGAAAUACGAAGACGGCUUAUGCACUUUGACAAUUCCACAUAUUUCAUCAUCCCAAGCUGGCUGCUAUACUUGCGAGGCCGAGAAUGUUCAUGGCUUAGGGCGAUCCUCAAGCAUUGUGGAAGUUACACCGUCACCGACACGGGCGUACUCUGCGCCAAGAUUCUUCGAAAUUCUUGCCAAUCGGUCUGUCUUCGAAAAUGAGGAAAUAAUUCUGGAGUGCUCUGUAAUUGGAAAACCGACUCCGGCAAUUACCUGGUACAAAGACGGUUUGAAGUUAAUGUUUGAAAAUCGAAUGUUGCACUACACCGAUCGAAAGGGCAUAGCAAGGCUAAACAUAAUGAAGGCGAAAGUUUGUGAUUCCGGAGAGUACACGUGCGAAGCGUCGAAUAUCCUGGGCAAAGACUUCACGCACUGUAAUGUGCAAGUAAACGGUCUGCCACUGCUGUACCGAACAACACCGUCCACGUCAAGGUGUCCAAGUCGUUGCGUCAGUCCUUCGCCCGCUUACUCUCUCGAUGAACCUCACCCUCCCAUCAUAACCCGACCAAUUACUGGAGCUACGGUUACUGUUGGGUGUCGCGAAUUACUAGAGCUAGAAGUGAACGGUAAUCCAACGCCAACAGUCGAAUGGUAUCAUGAUGGAAAAUUAGUUGCACAAAGUAGAACACUUCGGACGUACUUUGACGGCAGACUCGCUUUUCUCAAAAUUUACAGAGCACAAAUGGAUCAUACCGGACUCUACGUAUGCAAGAUAUCCAACAAGCUAGGAACCGUCGAAGCAAGCGCAUUUUUGACAGUGGAGGAGGAAUUCUCGCCUCAUGUUCCGAAUAUGCCAACAUUCAUACGAAAGCUUGAAGACGUUAUCGUCGAAAAGAUCGGUCAACCUGCUUCUUUGAAUUGUCAAGUGCAUGGAGAUCCACCACCAGUCCUAUGCUGGCUACAGAAUGGUCGUGCGAUUCGUAGCGAUCCAUCGUACUGCUGUCGGAUGACCAACGACGGCAUUGCAAGUCUAGAUAUCACAGCCGUUACUGAGCAGUACUGCGGAACUUACACAGCUGUGGCCUCAAAUGCUUUUGGAGACGCUCACUCGUCUGCCAUUGUCAAACUAAUGCAGUCAACAAAUAUGGUGAAUGCUGUCAACCAUAUAUCACGCAUCCCCAUAACAAUUGAUUCUUGCCAAUCUGAUGAGCAGUCCUUUGUUGAUGAAAACACUGAUAUAUCAUUGUGA